UCAACGGUAACGGCAUUGGACAGGGCGUUCGUUCGCGUCAACGACAAAAAUCAAGCGAGCCACCGCGGUCCGUCUCGACGGCAGCGUCGCGACGUCAAGCGUCGAUUAAUUUGCCCGUUUUACACCUGCGAUAGUCCACCGCAUAUAUACAUAAAUAUCCAAGACGGCUGAUUGGACUUAUUACCGCGACGAAAAUAAGUAUAUAGACGUGGCUACCUAUGUAUGUGUGUGUCUGUAUAUAGGUAUUAGCAUACAAAAGACGGUGGUGAUGAUAACAGCCCCCUACCUACAUUAACUACCCGAUCGACGGACGAACGGACUAGGUGACGACGUGUGUUUUUACUUUUACGUGUACAACUAUCUUUAUCGCGUGCAUGUGUGCGUCUGGUGAUGUAAUAAAGUGUGCUUGUGUUCGUGAACGAAUUGAAAAUUGAAAAACGAAUAGACAAAAACAGGUGCGCAUUUUGUUUUCGUGUACCAAAAGGAAGAGACUUCGAUGGUAGACGCGUCCCCGCAGUCUGCUGACAUUUUACGGUAGUCAACAGUGUCUCAAAAGCAUAUUUAAAAUUGGGUAUCGUAAAAAUCAAAAAUGCACCAUUCCGAAUAUAGUCAAGUAACACGGGACUUAUCAAAUAUGGCUAUGGAAUCGUCAUCUUUGCCAAUUUCGUCUGAUUGUUGUUACUCUUCAGACCCCUGGAGUUACCCAUCUAAUGUCACCCCAAUGAAACAAAUAGAAGCAUGUCUUUUGAGCGCUGCCAAAGACAGAAAAGCGUAUUCACCCCUGACCCAGGCCGACUCUGUUUCGUUAGAUGUCGAAAACGAGAGAGACAAUAACAACAUUAUACCAUCAACCCCUAAUAAGUCAAACAGUGCAAGCCAAUCUCUGGCCCCGGCGCUCACAGCAGCGGGCGCCGUUUUAGAAAUGAAGCCCCUAUGGGACGAAUUUCACUCCCUCGGGACCGAAAUGAUUGUUACUAAAGCAGGCAGAAGGAUGUUCCCGACUUUUCAAGUCAGGAUAUGUGGAUUAGAUCCUCACGCUGAGUACAUGCUCAUGAUGGACUUUGUCCCAUUGGACGACAAGCGAUAUCGUUACGCAUUUCAUAGUUCCAGUUGGGUGGUGGCUGGAAAAGCUGACCCGGUCUCCCCGCCCAGGAUACACGUUCAUCCUGAUAGCCCCGCAACAGGAGUGCAGUGGAUGAAACAAGUUGUCUCCUUCGACAAGCUAAAGCUCACCAACAAUCAACUGGACGAUAAUGGCCACAUAAUUCUCAAUUCGAUGCAUCGAUAUCAACCGAGAUUUCACAUAGUGUAUCUUCCGCCCAAAAAUACGACUUCAGCAUCCGCCGAAGCGGCCGAAAAUAACUUUAAGACAUUCGUUUUCCCCGAAACUUCGUUUACUGCCGUAACAGCUUAUCAGAACCACAGAAUAACUCAACUAAAAAUAGCCAGCAAUCCAUUCGCCAAAGGCUUCAGGGAUUGUGACCCAGAUGACAACGGUCCCGAAAUCCUGGGACAUAGUCAACAAACAACAAAACCGCCGAGACCAGGGAGAUCACCCCCAUCAAACUACAGCAAAGAAGAAGAUCUGACGUCUCACAUUAGUUCUACAAGUCAAGAUUCUCAUUCCGUGAUCGCCAAUCGUUUUCAAAAUGUACCACCCCAAAACACCACUACCUCUUUGCUACCGUCUAAUAUAUUAAGCGCCGGUUUAAGUCACAUCGGUCAGCCCUAUUCGGCAGAAAUAUGCAAUUACGGUCCUAUCUAUCAUCCCCACAAUAUUCUCCACAAUUAUAAUUCCGUGUACAGUAAUGAGAAAUCGUUAAGGAGUUCAGGGAACUUCGGGAGAACGAUGUAUGGAAAUUAUCAUCACGGGUUUUAUGGGAAUAAUGCAUCAUUGAGGGCGCCUCCCGUUCACCAAAACGCUUAUGAAUUUAAUCCAAGAUGAAAAAAUAUUUAUUUAAUCUAUUCCAUGUAGAUGGGUAUAUUUUCAAAGUAUUAUAUUUUCAAUCUUAUAUAUGUUGAUUCACCUUCUCGUUAUGGCCCCGUGCUAGGGGUAAAAACAGCUGAAUGUACUGCUACUGUUUCGCUUUUUUUUUAAUUUAAUUUUAUUGUUUCCCAAAACCAAUGAUAUUAACCAAAGAGAUUUUUAUGUGUAUCGAUGUGUUCAGUGUCAAAAAAAAAACGAAUUUAAAACUGAUAUUAUUGAAUAACAGUGAUAAUUACGAUAUUAUCUAUUUAAUAAUCUAAUAGAAAUGUAGUAGUAGAUUAGCUUUUAAAAUAAAUUAAAAUGAAAUACAUGAAAGUGAUAUUUUGUACUAAAUUUUGAAUAAAAAAUAUGUUUAAUAGUAAGUUAAGCAAUCAAAUGUUAAAUGCCUUAAAAUAUAGUUUAAAUAGACGCUAUUAUCAGAGAUGAUGUUAGUUAAUUUAUA